AUGCGGAGAUACCAUUUUAUAUCUUCUUGGGGAGCUUGGGAUAAAAAGUUCAAAUGUACUUUUAGAUUUAGUAUACUUAAAGGAGUUUCAAAGCACAAACAAGCAUUUCAAAGUUCAAUACAACGUAUCCUCGACAUUACGAGGGAGAAAUGUAGUCAUAGCUAUGGAGACCUCAAGAUGUCAACUACCUUCCAGCGUUGCACCAACCCUGAUGGCAGUGUUUCUGCACCUGAAUUUCGAGGUGCUGAUGAUGUCGAGGAUUUUGGAUCGCUUAAAAGAAAAGACAAUCUUGCGUUGGGGACUGCAAAUUUGUUUGAAAAACGAGGGUGGCUUGAGAAGGAAGGAACUCUAUGUCUCCUUCCUCCAAUCCCUACCUUAUCUCUUGAAGCCAUGGCAGAGGAAUUCUCCAAAUCGGUGGAGGAGGGGCUUCACCUCUCCAAGCGCAUUUACUUCGGCAAGGACCGCGCCAUCUCGGCGCCCCUGCCCCCUCCCUCCAUGUCCAAGUCCAACACCACCUGCCUCCCAACCGCAACCAUGCUCUACGCUGUCAUUCGCGAUCCUGCUAUCGUCGACAACCCCGACGUUCCCAGCUACCAACCCUACGUCCAUGGAAAGUGUGACCCUCCCGCCCUCAUUCCUCUCCACAUGACCGCCGUUCACCUUCAGGCCGAUUGCCACCUCGAUGCCGCCGCCUUCGUUACCUUCUCUGCCACCUUCCGACUCCACUGCAUCUCCGGCAGCCGCUUCUGCGAUUGCAUAGUCGCCGUCCCCAUCCCACAUGAGCCAUUCAUCCCAAGUACCUGUGGUAGUCUAUCCCAUUCAGAUUUGAAAGAAGAGAGGACACAUGAAAAAAACAAUGAAAGUGGAGUGAUAUCAGUAUGUAUCACGGGGUUAAUAGGUUCAUUACAGUGCAAGAAGAAUGCUGCUUUACAGGGUUCAAUUCUAGGUGUGGAAAUCAGUGUUCAUAGGAAAUCUUAUUCUACUCUGCUGGUUGAUACGAAAGACACUAAUGGUAAGGAGAAUAUCAUCCGAUCUCAAGAUGGAGGCUUUAUCGGGCCCAAUUUGUUUACUUUGCAUAUACCUCAGAUUGAUGGAGGUUCCAAACUAUCGGUUAAAGUUAGUUGGUACCAGAAGAUAUUAUAUUGCAAUCAUGAGUUCUGCUUGAAUGUGCCAUUUACCUUUCCUGAUUAUGUCAACCCUGUUGGGACGAAAAUGUCGAAAAAAGAGAAGAUAGAAAUAAAUGUGGAUACUAUAACUGGAAGUGAGCCUCUAUGCCAGAACAUGAGUCAUUACCUGAAGCCAUUUAAUGUGGUUCUAUUCCCUGACUAUCCAGAAAGUGAGGCAAGAUGCAGGGAGUACGGGUUUCUCGAUUCAAGUCUUAUAAGUGGUGGGGUUCUCUUGAAAUCUGCAUCUGUUGACGAUUUUGAUCAAAGAGAUAUGUUCUGCAUGUACAUUUCUCCGGGAAAUCUUCAGAGUAAGAAGAUAUUCAGAAAGGACAUUAUAUUUGUAAUUGACGUCAGUGGAAGCAUGCGGGGAAAGCUAAUUGAUGAUAUAAAAAAUGCAGUAUCGGUUGCUCUCUCUAAGCUCGAUUCUGAUGAUUCAUUUAGUAUUAUAGCAUUUAAUGGAGAUAUAUUCCAAUUUUCAAAAUCAAUGGAGUUGGCUUCAAAGGAUGCUGUUGAAAGGGCCAUCGAGUGGAUUAACAUGAAUUUUGUUGCAGGGGGUGAUACAAAUAUUUUGCAACCUUUAAACAUGGCAAUAGAGAUGCUAUCUGAUGCUCAAAGUUCAGUUCCAAUUAUUUUCCUAGCUACAGAUGGAACUGUUGAAAAUGAGAGACAAAUUUGUGAUGCGAUAAAGAAUCAUGUGUCCAAUGGAGGGUCAAUGCCACCGCGAAUUUAUACUUUUGGCAUAGAUUUGGUCGAGUCUCAGAUGCUGCAAUUGUUCGACAAAGCUUCAUCCAUUGUACUUGCAAAUAUGACAAUGGACAUAUUCAAUGGUCUGAAUGAAGUUGAGGUGUGCCCAUUCCAUAUUCCAGAUCUUUCCAAAGAUGGUCCAUUGAUUUUAUCUGGAAGAUACAAUGGAAGUUUUCCCGAAGAUCUUGAAAUUAAAGGGAUCUUGGCUGAUUUCAGUAAUUUUGUAAUAGAUAUGAACAUUCAAGAGGCUAAGGACAUACCUAUACAAAGGAUUUGUGCACGAGAUCAAAUAGAGUAUCUUACUGCUCAAGCAUGGCUCUCAAACGAUGAAAAAUUAGAACAGCAGGUUGCAAAACUAAGCUUACAAACUGGCUUUAUAUCCGAGUACACUAAUAUGGCAAAUCUUGAGAAUGAUCAACGAAAGAAUGUCAAGGAAUCAGAUAGGAAGAAAGAAUACACUAAUAUGGCAAAUCUUGAGAAUGAUCAACGAAAGAAUGUCAAGGAAUCAGAUAGGAAGAAAGAAAAAAAGGUGUCAAAAAAGAGCCAUCAUGAUAAGACUGGAGCGAAUGAACAAGCGCAGAGAAUGUUUUUGCUCCCUCACUUAGGUAUAGGGUUUGGCAACUUGACUGCAACUGCUGAAAACACUCAACCACGAUCCCAUGACACAAAAGGGCCUGAUGGGGCUGAAAUCUUUGUUAAGGCGGCCUCGAACUGUUGUAGCUCCUUCUGCAAUCACUGCUGUUGCAUGUGCUGCAUCAAGGCCUGUACUCGGAUGAACAUCCAAUGUGCAAAUGCAAUUGCUCAACUUUGCGUUGGUUUGGGAUGUUUCAGCUGCCUCGACUGUUGUGCAGAAAUUUGCUGUUCUGAUGAAAGCUGA